GCACUUGGGCGCGCUGAGCCUCCUACCUCCGCCCGCCGCACGCGUGACCUGGCCCCGCAGCCCCAGCGCCCGCGAGGGGACCGGCCCGGAGCACGCCGCUCCCGAGUUCCCGCACAGUUCCAGAUGAUCAGCGCUACCUGUGCCCUAGAGACCUGCUCUGCCUUCCUGCACGAGGUGGCCGGCCCUCAGCCUUCCCUAGGUCUCAGAGAGCCCUGGUAGGCAGCCCAUUCCAGAGCCUUUCCUCUGUUCCUGGGCCACUUCUCCAGGGCCAGCAGAAGCAGACACAGCCAGGAUGCCGAGGAACCAGGGCUUCUCCGACCCUGAGUACUCUGCUGAGUACUCCGCGGAGUACUCUGUCAGCCUGCCCUCAGACCCUGACCGCAGGGUGGGCCGGACCCAUGAAAUCUCUGUCCGGAACUCGGGCUCCUGCCUCUGCCUGCCUCGCUUCAUGCGGCUGACCUUCGUGCCCGAGUCCUUGGAGAACCUGUACCAGACCUACUUCAAAAGGCAGCGCCACGAGACCCUGCUGGUGUUGGUGGUCUUCGCAGCCCUCUUCGACUGCUACGUGGUGGUCAUGUGCGCCGUGGUCUUCUCCAGCAACAAACUGGCUCCCCUGGUGGUGGCCGGGGUCGGGCUGGUGUUGGACACCCUCCUCUUCGUGCUCUGCAAAAAGGGGCUCCUCCCUGACCGGGUUACCCGGAGAGUGGUGCCCUACCUGCUGUGGCUGCUGAUAACAGCCCAGGUCUUCUCCUACCUGGGCCUGAACUUCUCCGGCGCCCAUGCAGCCAGCGACACCGUGGGCUGGCAGGCCUUCUUUGUCUUCUCCUUCUUCAUCACGCUGCCCCUCAGCCUUAGCCCCAUCGUUGUCAUCUCUGUGGUCUCCUGUGGUGUGCACACGCUCGUCUUGGGGGUCACCGUGGCCCAGCAGCAGCAGAACGGGCUGAAGGGGAUGCAGUUGCUGAGGGAGAUCCUGGCCAACGUCUUCCUCUACCUGUGCGCCAUCGUCGUGGGCACCAUGUCCUACUACAUGGCGGACCGCAAGCACCGCAAGGCCUUCCUGGAGGCCCGCCAGUCACUGGAGGUGAAGAUGAACCUGGAGGAGCAGAGCCAGCAGCAGGAGAACCUCAUGCUUUCCAUCCUGCCCAAGCACGUGGCUGACGAGAUGCUAAAGGACAUGAAGAAGGACGAGAGCCAGAAGGACCAGCAGCAGUUCAACACCAUGUACAUGUACCGCCACGAGAAUGUCAGCAUCCUCUUUGCGGACAUCGUGGGCUUCACCCAGCUGUCGUCUGCCUGCAGCGCCCAGGAGCUCGUGAAGCUGCUCAACGAGCUCUUCGCCCGCUUCGACAAGCUGGCAGCCAAAUACCACCAGCUGCGGAUUAAGAUCCUGGGCGACUGUUACUACUGCAUCUGUGGCUUGCCGGACUACCGGGAGGACCACGCCGUCUGCUCCAUCCUCAUGGGGCUCGCCAUGGUGGAGGCCAUCUCGUACGUGCGGGAGAAGACGAAGACCGGGGUGGACAUGCGUGUGGGGGUGCACACGGGCACUGUGCUGGGGGGCGUCCUGGGCCAGAAGCGCUGGCAGUACGACGUGUGGUCCACCGACGUCACUGUGGCCAACAAGAUGGAGGCCGGCGGCAUCCCCGGGCGCGUGCACAUCUCCCAGAGCACCAUGGACUGCCUGAAAGGAGAGUUUGAUGUGGAGCCAGGUGAUGGGGGCAGCCGCUGUGAUUACCUAGAGGAGAAGGGCAUUGAAACCUACCUCAUCAUCGCGUCCAAGCCGGAGGUGAAGAAAACAGCCACCCAAAAUGGCCUCAAUGGCUCGGCCCUCCCAAAUGGAGCGCCAACUUCCUCAAAGCCCAGCUCCCCGGCCCUCAUUGAGACCAAGGAACCCAAUGGGAGUGUCCACACCAACGGUUCCACGUCAGAAGAGCCGGAAGAGCAGGACGCCCAGGCUGACAACCCCACAUUCCCCAACCCUCGCCGGAGGCUGCGCCUUCAGGAUCUGGCGGAUCGAGUGGUGGGUGCCUCUGAGGACGAGCACCAGCUCAACCAGCUGCUCAGCGAGGCGCUGCUGGAGCGCGAGUCUGCCCAGGUAGUGAAGAAGAGAAACACCUUCCUACUAUCCAUGCGGUUCAUGGACCCCGAGAUGGAGACCCGCUACUCUGUGGAGAAGGAAAAGCAGAGUGGGGCCGCCUUCAGCUGCUCCUGCGUUGUCCUGCUCUGUGCGGCCCUGGUGGAGAUACUCAUUGACCCCUGGCUAAUGACAAACUAUGUGACCUUUGUGGUUGGGGAAGUCUUGCUUCUGGUCCUGACAGUCUGCUCGCUGGCUGCCAUCUUUCCCCGGGCCUUUCCUAAGAAGCUCGUGGCCUUCUCAACAUGGAUUGACCGGACCCGCUGGGCCAGGAACACCUGGGCCAUGUUGGCCAUCUUCAUCCUGGUCAUGGCAAACGUCGUAGACAUGCUUAGCUGUCUCCAGUACUACACGGGACCCAACAACAGCACCACGGGGAUGGAGGUGGAGGAUGGCUGCAUGGAGAACCCCAAGUAUUACAACUAUGUUGCCGUGCUGUCCCUCAUUGCCACCAUCAUGCUGGUGCAGGUCAGCCACAUGGUGAAGCUCACGCUCAUGCUGCUCGUCACGGGUGCUGUGGCUGUCAUCAACAUCUAUGCCUGGCGCCCCAUCUUCGAUGAAUAUGACCACAAGCGUUUUCAGGAACAUGAAUUGGUUGCCUUAGAGAAGAUGCAAGUGUUCUCCACCCCUGGGCUCAAUGGCACUGACAGGCUCCCCCUGGUGCCUUCUAAGUACUCAAUGACAGUGAUGGUCUUCGUCAUGAUGCUGAGCUUUUACUACUUCUCCCGCCACGUGGAAAAACUGGCACGGACACUGUUCUUGUGGAAGAUUGAGGUCCAUGACCAGAAGGAACGAGUCUAUGAGAUGCGACGCUGGAACGAGGCCUUGGUCACUAACAUGUUGCCUGAGCAUGUGGCACGCCAUUUCCUGGGGUCCAAGAAGAGAGAUGAGGAGCUGUACAGCCAGUCUUAUGAUGAGAUUGGAGUCAUGUUUGCCUCCCUGCCCAACUUUGCUGACUUCUACACAGAGGAGAGCAUCAAUAAUGGUGGCAUUGAGUGUCUGCGCUUCCUCAAUGAGAUCAUCUCAGACUUUGACUCUCUCCUAGACAAUCCCAAAUUCCGGGUCAUCACCAAGAUCAAAACCAUUGGCAGCACCUAUAUGGCAGCUUCAGGAGUCACCCCAGAUGUCAACACCAACGGCUUUACCAGCUCCAACAAGGAGGAGAAGUCAGACAAAGAGCGCUGGCAGCACCUGGCUGAUCUGGCUGACUUUGCACUAGCCAUGAAGGAUACACUUACAAACAUCAACAACCAGUCCUUCAACAACUUCAUGCUGCGCAUAGGCAUGAACAAAGGCGGGGUACUGGCUGGGGUCAUUGGAGCCCGGAAACCACACUAUGACAUCUGGGGCAAUACAGUCAACGUAGCCAGCAGGAUGGAGUCCACAGGGGUCAUGGGCAACAUUCAGGUGGUGGAAGAAACACAAGUCAUUCUUCGAGAGUACGGCUUCCGCUUUGUGAGGCGAGGGCCCAUCUUUGUGAAAGGGAAGGGGGAGCUGCUCACCUUUUUCUUGAAGGGCCGUGACAAGCCAGCUGCCUUCCCUAACGGCUCCUCUGUUACACUGCCCCACCAGGUGGUAGACAACUCCUGAAUGGCCUCUAGCCCCACACUAGUCCAAAUGGGAAGGGAGAAUUUAUUUUUUGGAAUCAAAGAAAGGCCUUGGAAAACAACAAAACACCAAGUUCCAACAUUCCCAAAUUGUCGAAGUGCACACUCACAUAGACUUUAGGUUUAAAAAUCUCCUCAAGCCUUCAUUUGUUCGUGGAUCUGUGAGCUCUGAGGGUGGCCAUACUAUUCCUCAGUGUGCCUGUAGCUUCCCCAGAGAGUAGGGGUCUUAGGCAUAGUACUGGAACAAUCCUUCCAAAGCCCUAGUUCCAGCCAGCCCUUCUUCCCCAGAGAGGCCAUGGCCACUGUGAGCAGGAAUGUAUCAGAAGUGAAACAAAGCUGCCUUUGCCGCUGGGCUGGGAGCACAGGAGGGGAAGCUCUGCUUA